AUGUCAACUUCGGCUUCAUUUUCUCCGACAACUGCCUGCUCUUUGAGUUUUUCUAAAUCACAUGCCAACAGGUCGCUACCGGAUCCGCACGAUCUCUUGAUGCGUUCAAUUUUGUCAGCCAGGAGGGCUAGUUUCAGUCUGCGCAAGCGUGCCAACUCCGCCAGUUUGGCUUGCUUCUGUUCCAGUUUACGGGCUCGGCGUGCUUCUCGCUUCAUGGAUCGGACUGAGCGACCCUCAUGUGUGGUAGACUGA